AUGGUGGAUUUUGGCUCAAAUGAUACUCUUUCUCUCAACUCUUCAGGCCUUUUGCGCAAAGCUUUUCUCGAUGAAGUUGUCAAGAAUCCUGACUUUGAAGUGGGCAGUCGAUCCACGCGGAUCUUCGAAGGCACAACUCAGUACUUACUAGACCUGGAAGAAUACUUGGCCGGACUUCAUCGAGCAGAAUCUGCAUUAUUUUUCCCGUCUGGGUACGAGGCCAAUGUUGCUAUCUGGUCGACUAUUCCUCAACCGGGUGACUUUGUGGUGUAUGACGAAUACGUUCACGCGAGCAUCCAUGAUGGAAUGCGUCAGGGUAGAGCGUCGAAGCGAAUGUUCUCUCAUAAUGACUGUGAAUGUCUGCGAGAGUGCCUCCUGGAUAUAUGCAAGUCCAAUCCGGCGGUGGCAGAAGGACAACAUACAGUUUUCAUAGCCCUCGAAUCCAUCUACAGCAUGGAUGCUGACAUCGUUCCAAUCCACGAGAUGCUCAAUCUGACAAAGGAAAUUCUCCCUCGUGGUAAUGUGAUAUUCUCAAUCGAUGAGGCACAUUCCAAUGGGUUGAUCGGAGAGAAUGGAUCAGGAUUGGUUUGUCACUAUGGACUCGAGAGCGAGAUUUCUAUCCGACUACACACGUGUGGUAAAGGCCUCGGGUCAACUGGAGCUGCCGUGUUGACCAAUGAAACCAUGCGGUCAUAUCUGAUCAAUUAUGCGAGAGGCCUGAUCUUCUCUACCGCUCCGGCUUUCCCGUGUCUAGCAGCUGUCAAAGGGGGGUAUAACAUCGUGGCAAGCAAGGAGGGCGACGAGCGUCGCCUGCGCCUGCAAAACAACCUCAGCAAUUUCUAUGAAAAGCUCACUCGGCAUCCUACCUGGGCAAAAUGUGCUUUCAGCGGCAUACUCAGUCUCCCAACUGAAAAAGUGUGGCGCACAGGAGACUUUCUGACUCCAAUUAUUCCACUCGUCACGGAGCCUGGCCAGGCAUCGAGCCUUGCGCGAAAAAUGCAGAGUGCAGGGUAUCAGGUGAACCCAGUGUUUUACCCCAUCGUGCCCCGAGACAAGGAACGGGUUCGACUAGUAAUGCAUGCAGAUAAUACAUCUGCUCAGAUUGACGAGGUAGUCCACCUGAUUAUGACCUGGGCGACCUCACGGCUUGCGAACCAGUUGCAAAGGUCAGACCGCCUUGUGCCUGAAGGAGACAUGUACCAGAACGUGGCAUUUUCGGAUUGA